GCAGUGGAUACAGAGCCUGGCAUACAGAGUUCCUUGUGUUUGUGGCUGCAAGUACCGUGGUCCCACCCCUCAUGAUUCUAGUUGGCCUUGUCUGCAGGGCUGAUUCAGUUGGAAACAAUUCCCUGGUAGGCUGGUAACAAAUUCAGGGGACAGGAAUUAUAUGAAGUAAAGCCUCCUCUGGUGGCAGCCAAGGCUCUCUUCUCCAUGCCUUUGAGGAAGGGACUUCCUGUAAGGAUUCCGACUUGUUUGUGUGACACUGACAAAGUGGUUUGUGGCCUGCUCUCACCUUCCUCAGCAGCCGUCCCUGAUCAUCUCCAAACCUCCGGCUCCAGACCUCACGGAUUCUCUUCACAAGCAACCUGCGAGGACACUGGUGACGGGCCACUGCCUUCGGUCCACACCAUGGGGCAUAAUGAUGUAAGUAAACUCUUACAAAGAAGAACAAGAUGCUGGGGUAUUUACCGAAGGAGAUAUAACAACUGGUCUGAACAAGUCAGUUCUGGCAUUUAUCCUUCAUCCCACCAGCAGCAAGAUGGAGAUCUGGCAACAGAUGGCGCUCACAUGAGCACCCGAGUGAGAUAUGCUCCCUAUGCCAUUCCACCAUGUCGUCGGAGAGGCAAUUUUCAGAAACAAGACCAAACCCAAGCUAACAUGAAGGGAGAGCAAAAGCCUCCAGAGAGAAGAAUGGAGCGGGAGAGGCAGGAUGAGACCGUGGGGAAAUGGUUCAAGAUCAUUAUUCCAUUCGGCAUCAAAUAUGAUGAGAAGUGGCUGCUGGAUCUGAUUCAGGGACAAUGCAGUGUCCCCUUCACCCCAGUCGAGUUUCACUAUGAGAGAAUGCAGGCCCAGUUCUUUGUUGAGAAUGCCAACGUUGCCUUUGCAUUGAAGAGUGUCAACGGCAAGAUCUGGGAUGACGCUAACGAAAGGAUCUCUAUCUUUAUCUACCCCUCUGAUGCACCCCACUCUGUGCACAAGGAGCUGAAGUCAGAAAAGGUGGAGCAGACAAAGCUUUUGCCCUCGAACCCGAGCACCAAGACACCCAGCCAGCUGGAUGGCCUGUCCAACACUAUGCAGAAUGCCGCCAGCAUCGAGAGCUUGAACCUCUCCAACAGUGAGGUGAAGUCUGCAGGGGAGUUGGACGAGGGCAAAAGUCUGCAGCCAGAAGAGAUGAGUACCGAUAGAAGUGCCCUGUGCACCGCCCUCCCUGAUAAAUCAACCAACAUAAGCUCCAUCCUGGAAUUGUUUCCCAAGUUACUAUGCCUGGACAGCCAGGACUCACCUUCACCAACCAGCCUCAGUAUUGCAGCCCACAAGAGGUUACCGACCUGCAAGGGAAGCUUCUUUGGAUCUGAUGCCCUGAAGAGUCUAGUCCUGCAAUUCCUGCAGCAGUACUACUCGAUCUACGACUCUGGAGACCGUCAGGGUCUCCUCGGUGCCUACCACGAUGAGGCCUGCUUCUCCCUGGCCAUUCCCUUCAACCCCGAGGAGUCAGCCCCAAGCAGCCUGUGCAAAUACUUCAAGGAAAGCAGGAAUAUGAAGAAGCUCAAGGACCCCUCCCUGCGUGUUCAGCUGCUGAAGCAUACAAAAUGUGACAUCAUGUGCUCCCUCUGUGUGCUGCCUCAAACUCAGCAUGACCUCAGCUCCUUCAUGGUGGACAUGUGGUUCCAGACGGAGACGAUGCUCUGCUUCUCUGUCAACGGGGUGUUCAAGGAAGUGGAAGGCAUGUCUCAGGAUUCUGUUCGUGCCUUCACCCGGACAUUCAUCGCUACCCCUGUCAGCAGUUACAGUCUAUGCAUCGUGAAUGAUGAUCUGUUUGUGAAGGACGCCAACCCCAAGGAGACCCAGAGCACAUUCUCUAUCCCAGUGCCCACACCCUCCUGCAGCUCCUGGCCCACCCUUUGCCAGAAGCAGCAGGAAAUGGGGCAGACUUUCUCCACCCAGUCUGGGAUGAAUUUCCAGUGGUCUCAGAAGUAACUUCAUGACAGCCAGUGGGACUAUAUUGGUUCUCACAUGGCCCAAGGCCAAGCACAUGAUCCCAGAGGAGACCCUCACUCAGACUCAUCCAGGAUCCUGAGAACACAACCCUGACAAGAAACUGUUUUUGUAGUCAUCUUCAUCAUCUUUGCUGUCUAUUUUCUCUAGCCUGAGUUAAUCUCUGACUGAGCGGGAGGUUUGCUGGGAGCUGGGAAGCCAACGUUUAACUGACACUAAUCUGCUCAAGGACCAACUGCGUAUUUUCUCACCCGGGAUCCCCGAUUCUCUUCUUAAUAAAUAGUGGCAUUGUGUGUUA